GAGCGUUUCAUUUAAUGGAUGAGACCAGGGGCAUGCCUUGCCAUGUUAUUUAUGCUUUUUGGAUGCUUCAUAUGCAUGAUAACCAAUCCCUAGUCAAAUGCACUAAUUGAGUUUACAUUAGUUUGAUUUCUGGUGCAUGGAACCUAAAGUGGGAUAAGUAAAGGGGAACCUGCAGCCACAAAUUUUGAAUUUCUGGGAAUUCAUCAAUUCUCAUCUAAAUAUUUUUGACUUUCACUUUCAUGGAAUUCAAAAUCCUUAAUUAAAAGAAAAAAAAAUGAAUCCCUGCUAAAAAUUGAGAGGUGUAUAUAUGUUUGAGUCCUAUUCUCCACUAUUGCCACUUCCAUUAUCACCAUUCCCGCCACAGUUGGCCCUUGCCACUUCACCACAUUUGUUUCUGUGCCUCUCACUGCCACCAUUAUUGCCAUCGGUACUGCUACCACCACAGCUAUAAUGGCUGUGAUGGUGGUGGCAGAAAGACAUCAUGAUUAUGGUGGUGUCAGCAAUGACAGUGGAUGCAAUGUGGUGGUACUAGGAGAGGUAAGUGGUGACAAAAUGGUGAUAACAGAGAUAAUAACUAAAAUGGAGAUGACUAACAUCAGCUAAUGCUAGCUCUCUUGUUCUUAAGAUUGCUACCAACACUGCUGCCACCCACUGCCAUUUGCCACCACUGUCAUUGCCUUAAGUUGCUUCUGCCAUAAUUACCUUCACUGUUGAUGCUUAUUCCACAUCCCAUAAACUACUGAAAUUGAACUGAACUAAUAAUUACCUCCAGUUCAGUUCAAUUAAACUACUGCAAAUACUCUAAAGUUAUAGAACACUCAUUCAAAUCCUUUAGGGGAUAAUAAUAAAUUGUGAUUUCCAACUCUUAGAUAUUUACCUAAAAGAAUGUGAUUGAAAGUGUGUGCACAAGUACAGAAUUAGUCUGAUUCCAUUCAGUGAACUAGUUCUCCUGAUAGGAAGUUACUAUGACCAUUCUUUCUUUGCUUUUGGGCAAAGUACAUAAAGUUUAUACAACUCAAGGACAAGUAUAAUAUUGUUGAGAGUUUGAUGAUGGAGUUUAUGCUUUUAUUCAUCAGUUUUAUGGCUUUGAUUUUUUUCUUUUCCCUUACAGAUUCACAGAAUUCCAUACUCUUGUACACACCAUAGCUGCCUGUUCAUGUUUAAAGCUCAUUACCGGUCUAAACUACUGCAUAAAAUAUGCUGAUGCACUUCAUCAUCACACAACAUUUUUUUCUCAAAUAUUUUUCUCCAAUUAAUUGACUGCAAAUUGACAUGGAUUCUUCUUUUUGUAGGCCACUCUUAGAAUAGCUCAACUAGAUAGAGUAGCAGAACGUUUAUCCCAUCAUGUUAUGGAGCAUCAUGAAGUAAUGGGGGAUGAAUUUGGUGAGGGAAGUAGAGAAAGAUUUAAAGGUUGCAAAUGUCAUCUGCAUGAAUGGUAGAAGGCACCUGACUUCAUCAAUGAAUGAGGUUUCAAGGGAUCUUGUAGUGAAUUCUAAUUCCAAAAAGAAACAAGCUCUCCUGGACAUGCUUCCAGUAUUAACUGAGCUUCGUCGUGCAUUAGACAUGCAAAUAGCACUUGAAUCCCUGGUUGAAGAAGGAAAUUACUGCAAGGCGUUCCAAGUCCUAUCUGAGUAUUUGCAGCUAUUAGACAGUUUCUCAGGGCUUUCAGCAAUACAGGAGAUGAGCCGUGGGGUUGAGGUUUGGUUGGGGAGAACCCUUCAAAAGCUGGAUGCACUUUUGCUGGGAGUGUGCGAGGAGUUCAAGGAGGAGAGUUACAUAACAGUAGUUGAUGCAUAUGCUUUAAUUGGAGAUAUCUCUGGUCUUGCUGAAAAGUUGCAGAGCUUCUUCAUGCAGGAGGUUUUAUCGGAAUCCCACUCUGUGUUGAAGAUUAUUGUACAUGAGGACCUGGAAAUACAGAUGCAGAACAAUAGACUUACCUACAGUGAUCUAUGCCAUCAGAUACCUGAAUCUAAGUUCAGGACGUGUUUAUUGAGAACAUUAGCUAUCUUAUUCAGGUUGAUGUGUUCCUAUCAUGAAAUAAUGAGCUUCCAACUGGAGAGUAAGGAUUUGUUAUGUCAAACAUCUGAUAUGAAGCAAGAUUCCUUAGGAAGCAAUGGAUCUCCUCCUCAAUCUGUAGAUGGAAUGCUUGGUUCAUCUUCUAUCGAGGAAUCUACAACAACUUUUAUGUAUCAAGAUUGCAAUUUUGAUGUAGAUGAAACUAAAAGUAAUGGUGGUGAAGCACCAAGCAGUGGAUCCCCUUGGUAUCAUCUGCGAAAAGAGGCGACAACAUUUGUUUCACAAACUCUUCAGAGAGGACGAAAGAAUCUUUGGCAGCUUACAACAAGCAGAGUAUCAGUAUUGCUUUCUUCUGCAGUUUUUAGCUCUAUGAGUGUGCACCAAUUCUUGAAAAAUUAUGAUGAUUUGAAUGUAUUCAUCUUGGCUGGGGAAGCCUUCUGUGGAGUUGAAGCAAUUGAGUUCAGACAGAAGUUGAAGGCUGUAUGUGAGAAUUAUUUGCUGGCAUUUCAUCGGCAAAAUAUUCAUGCACUCAAAAUGGUUUUGGAAAAGGAAAGUUGGCUGAAAUUGCCACCAGAUACUGUACAAGCAAUUAGUUUUGCUGGGCUUGUUGGUGAUGGGGCAGCCCUGAUAGUUCCAUCUCAUGAUAACUCCUCUAAUGCAAAAUUGCAUCAUUCUAACAAAUCAGUGAAAUCUGUUGAUGCCAAUAGCAAGAAAAGUGGAUUUUCCUCUUGGAUUAGAAGUGGAAAUCCAUUUUCGCCAAAAUUAAUCCCCACUUCAGUAGAAGGUCACAGUUCUUCCCUGCUUAAUGGGGCAACCGCCGGUGAAUAUGAUGAACAUGCAAAUGAUACGGUGUCUCCCCAAGGUAAUGGUGCAAGUCAUAAAAAUGGAAUGCCCGUUUCAGAAGAUGAAAAUGAAGAUCUACUUGCAGACUUCAUCGAUGAGGACAGUCAACUCCCAAGUCGAAUUUCAAAACCAAAAGCUCCUAAAAGUAACUCUUCACAUUGUAAAACUGAUGAAAUAUCUGCACAGACAGGAUCAUCUCUUUGUCUUCUCAGGUCAAUGGACAAAUAUGCAAGGUUCAUGCAGAAACUAGAAAUAGUAAAUGUUGAGGUUUUUAAGGGUAUAUGCCAGUUGUUUGAGAUUUUCUUCUAUUUUGUGUUUGAAACAUUUGCUCAGCAGACCUCUAAUUCAAGUGGAAAAUCUGACUCUCUCAAUUAUCGGCUGAAGACAGCCAUAUCCAGAAUUACACAAGAUUGUGACCAAUGGAUAAAACCCCAGCUGACCCCUGUUUCAUCCUCUUCACCCACAUCUUCGAGCACACAUAUUCAUGGAGAUGUAACACCUGCUAGUCCUUCAAAUCAUUUGCUAGCCACAUCCUUUGGUCUCAAGGAAAGAUGUGCUGCUGCUGAUGCCAUAUCUCUUGUUGCUCAAAUAUUACACAGAUCUAAAACUCAUCUUCAGUCAAUGCUUCUUCAAAAUAAUCCAGCUACAGUGGAAGAUUUUUUUGUCAUACUGGUGGAUUCUGUACCAGAUCUUACAGAGCACAUACACAGGACAACUGCAAGAUUACUUCUUCAUAUCAACGGGUAUGUUGAUCGGAUUGCUAAUGCUAAAUGGGAAGUAAAAGAGCUUGGGCUAGAGCACAAUGGGUAUGUUGAUUUACUGUUGGGAGAAUUUAAGCACUAUAAAACGAGGCUUGCACAUGGUGGUAUUCACAAAGAGGUUCAAGACCGCCUUUUAGAAUAUGGUCUCGAAAUUGUCGCUGAAACCCUCAUUGAAGGUCUAUCACGGGUGAAGAGGUGUAGUAAUGAAGGACGAGCCCUUAUGUCAUUAGAUCUUCAGGUAUUGAUCAAUGGCCUACAACAUUUUGUCCCUGUAAAUGUCAAGCCAAAAUUACAAACGGUUGAAACUUUCAUAAAGGCUUACUAUCUUCCAGAAACUGAGUAUGUACACUGGGCUCGAGCUCACCCGGAAUACAGAAAAAAUCAAAUUGUUGGGUUGAUCAACCUCGUUGCUACAAUGAAAGGUUGGAAGAGGAAAACCAGGUUGGAAGUCAUAGAGAAAAUCGAGUGAGCUGUGCGUGACUUUGAACAGUCAUGCUAGGUUUUGGGUAUAUAAAAUCUUGCACUCCACUUUUUUUUUUUCCUCCCUUUUUGGUAACAUGAAUAAUGUAUAUUGCAGAGUCUCAUGUCCUUGAUUAUGCUAGGUUGUAUAUCGUGUAAUAUAUGGUUUUACCCUAUGUGGGAAUGUCAAAUGUAAUUUUGAAUCACGUUAUAAUUGAAAUAAUGGAUCUUGUAAAACUAUGUUAAUUAAUCAAACACUUUUAAAAUUA